AUGAACAUCCCCGGCGAAAGGUUUACAAUCCCGCUCGAGAGCGACUCGGAAGAUGAGUCACCGCGCGGGCCUCCUCCUCCGCAGCUUAAUGCGGGCCUCGGCUUCAUCAGAGAUAUCGUCGAGAAGCCCGUCUCGUCGGCUCCAACUGCCCCAGUCCUGCCACCAAACGCCACAUCGACCGGUUUCCCGGCGCACAAGAAGAGGGGCCCGUCAAAGUUCCGGCAGCGUGCACAGCAGGAUCUUGAAGCACAGAGGCGGAGACAGGCAGCAGCCCCCCCGCCACCGCCGCCACCACCACCACCACCUGCAUCUGCAUCUGCAUCUGCACGGGGUGGAGCUUCGCAGGAUGAGCUUACGGAGCGGCAACGGAUCAGCGAUGAGAAUGACCAGAGGAUUGCAGCCAUGAGCGCCGAGGAGAUUGACGAGGAGCGGCAGGAGCUUCUCAAAGGGCUCUCGCCGGCGCUGAUCGAGCGCCUGCUGAAGAAGUCGACCCUGAACCACGGCGCCGUCCACGGCUCCUUCAACGACGAAACAGAGGCGACGCAGGAACCCCAACCCCAACCCCAAUCCGAGACCCCCAAACCUGCUCCCUCAUCCAAGAAAGUGAGCUUCGACCCCACGCCCGCCACUGCACCCCCAGCGCCUACUGUAACAGGCAUCGGCGAAGACGCCCUCCCCCCACCCACCCACGUGCACUUCCCGCGGCCCCCCACCUCAAAGGACAACGACGACCUCGACCCCAGCGACCCCGAGUUCUUCACCCAGCUGCACACCAAAUACUUCCCGUCCCUUCCCGCCGACCCCUCCAAGCUCGCAUGGAUGAACGCGCCGACCGCCGCCGAGGACCUCUCCUACCACCCGUCGCAGACGGACCUCCCCGUCUCUGCCCUGCGUUUCGACUUCCGCGGGGACCUGCUGCCGCCGCGCAAGUCCAGGGAGCUCCCGGCGAACUUGGGGCUGCACCACCAUGCGGAUGCGCCGAAUGCGGCGGGGUACACGGUCCCCGAGCUGGCGCGGCUGGCGAGGAGUGCGUUCCCGACGCAGAGGUGCAUGGCGAUGCAGAUGCUGGGAAGGAUCCUGUAUAAGCUGGGGAUGGGCCACUAUGGCGUGGAGGAUAUCACGCAGGGGCUGUGGAGGUGCAUGGAGGAGGGGAGGGUCAUUGCGGGGUUGGAGGAGGCCGCGGCUGGCAGGCAGGGGGGCCAUCUGAGUGUUAAGGCGUAUGCGACGGAUGCGUUGUGGCUUUGGCAGAAGGGGGGUGGGCAUAGGUGGAAGGCUGAGUAG